AUUAUAUAAUCUAUCUCAAAAAAUUAUUAUGAUCUUUGCACGUAUUACGCUUAAGAAGCAAUAAUGGCGGAUUUAACCUUGGGUCUAUUGGUUAUAUGGGUAGGCGACAGGGAAUCAUAAAUUUUACGUCAACUUAUGAUAGUAGAACACAAGAAGUUGCAAGGGGAGAUUUGUGGAGAGUAGAGGCAUCACACGGUGGCUCUACUUCUACAUCUGGAAAUGGAAAUUCAUCUCUUUUUCUUGUCCAGCUUGGACCUCUCCUCUUUAUUCUGCCUGUUCAUUUGUCAAAGCAACACUUACUUUGGUAUGGCUAUGACAGUAAGAAUGGAAUGCAUUCUCUUUGUCCAGCAGUGUGGUCAAAACACAGAAGUCAUUUGUGGAUCUGCAAUUUCCUAAUGGACAACUAUGAGUGUUUUCCUUCCGGUUUGCGGAGGUCUUCUUCAAGCUCAGGGUCAAUGAUUCAAGAGAAGCUCAGCCUAAUCUGUGGAUGUGCCUUCAUGUCGUAUCCAUCUGCAUUCGCUUCUGUCUCCGUAAGUUGAUGGAAUGAGGGUUCUUUCUUCAUAAUAAUCUGCUAUAACUCUUUCCUUGGCUCAUUUUUUGUUUUGAUCAAAGUGGAAUGGAAAUGUUGGGAACUCAGGCGUUGUCUUCAGAGUUGAUGCUCCUCUCUCCAAUGUUGGGCGUCCUUCCUUCUCUAUUCAGCUAAAUAGUGGCAUUGAGUUUUGAUGAAGCCUUAUAAUGUGUUCCGUACCUUAAUAUAUUCCUUAUUUGGUAUGAGAAAAAGUGUAAAUAUUUAACAAUAGUGAAUACAGUUUCUAUGUGAAUAGAAAAUCUUGUCCUUGCAGUCUAUUAUUUUUUUGACUGUUGGCACCUAGCAUCGUUUGAUUGUGUAGCCAAUUCCAUAGACUGGGAAAGGCUUAGUUGUUGAAUCAUUUGGGAACAUGUACUAUAAUUGAUUUGUUUCUAA